AUGUAUCGCAAUAGAAGCAUCAUACUGCUCGUACUUUUCGCCGUGGUGCUUCUUCUACCGGCAUUUCAAGUUGAGGGACUUCUCUCUUUGACUAAACUUGAUUUCGAAUGCACAAAAAUUGUUACUUCUGCCGGAUCUAUACUUUGCAGACUUUAUGGAUCUAAGGGUAUGAGUGCUUACCUUCCUAAAACGUGCCAGGUGAGAUGUCAUGAUGCUAACCAGAAGCUGGACUUGCACCCGAACGUUUGCCUCUGGGGUAGCCCGAACUGCACUGAAGACCUGAAACAAAACUUCCUUAAAUGGAAGACUGACAUGGAGAAGAUAAAAGCGGACCUUACGAGUGAUUGGUGCCGUAAAUAA